UAUAAAUGCAUGGAGUGUGGACAGUGCUUCAGUGGCAGCAGCAGUCUUACUUCACAUCGCGCAACACACACGGGAGAAAUUAUUUAAAUGCAUGGAAUGUGGAAAGAGCUUCAGUCGAAGCUGUGACCUUAUUAGACAUCAACAAACACACAGAGGAGAGAAACCAUUUAAAUGUAUGGAGUGUGGAAAGAGGUUCAGUCGAAAUGGUCAACUUAGUAUGCAUCAACGAACACACACAGGGGAGAAACCAUUUAAAUGCAUGGAUUGUGGAAAGAGGUUCACUGCCAGCAGUAGCCUUACAUCACAUCAAAGAACCCACACAGGGGAGAAACCAUUUACAUGCAGGAAGUGUGGAAAGAGCUUCAGUAGAAGCAGUCACCUUACUUCACAUCAAAGAAGGCACACAGGGGAGAAACCAUUUAAAUGCACAGAAUGUGGAAAGAGCUUCAGGGAGAGCAGUAGCCUUACUUUACAUCAAAGAACCCACACAGGGGAGAAACCAUUUAAAUGCAUGGAGUGUGGAAAGAGCUCCACUGUAAGCAGUGGCCUCAGUAGACAUCAACGAACACACAGAGGAGAGAAACCAUUUAAAUGCAUGGAGUGUGGAAAGAGGUUCAGUCAGAAUAGUUACCUUAGGAUACAUCAAAGAAUCCACACGGGAGAAACCAUAUAAAUGCAUGGAGUGUGGACAGUGCUUCAGUGUAAGCAGCAGCCUUACUUCACAUCACACAACACACACAGGGAAGAAAUUAUUUAAAUGCAUGGAAUGUGGAAAGAGCUUCAGUCGAAGCUGUAACAUUAAUAGACAUCAACAAACACACAGAGGAGAGAAACCAUUUAAAUGUAUGGAGUGUGGAAAGAGGUUCAGUCAGAAUGGUCAACUUAGUAAGCAUCAACGGACACACACAGGGGAGAAACCAUUUACAUACAUAGAAUGUGGAAAGAGCUUCACUGACAGCAGUAGCUGUCAUGCCAGCCUGCCAGCCUUGCCCUGGCCUGCAUUUAAAAUGGCUAAAUCCCAAAGGGAAUUUUGUGGGGAAUUUUUCCCCUUGACAACUUUUUUUUUAACUUGCUAGCAAGCAGUUAAACAUUUGAUUCUCUUUCAUCACUGUGACUUGGUGAUUUUUACAACACAGCUGUAUCAGCUUACAGUUAGCUUCGGAACUUCUUAUCAGCAGAAGGGGCCUGGUUCCGUCAAGGCCAUAUAACUCCUUGCAUUUGUUAUGGGAAACCAAGAGGAGGCGCCAGGUGCUGUGGGAACAUAGUUUUUUCAUCCCUUUGAUGAAAAUGUUAAUUGGUUAAUUGUCUCUGGCUGGGCGGAAGAUUUCUUCCAUAAGAAGAAGCUCAGAACUUUGGGUUAAGUGUCCCACUUUGGAGCACCACCUUGCCUCUUUGGUGAUGUUCUGUUGUGGCUCCAUUUCCAUCCUGACUCGCAAUUCCCUGAUGGGAAGAAGGCUAUCCAUUUAGAGAUCCUAUGCUUUGUAAGUAUAGCUUAGGCCAGAAAACUUUGUUAUUUUGAUCUGUGCCAAGAAACUUAUUUUAUCUUUUUACUUACUGAAACCUUACCCGUUUGGGUGUAUGGUAACAGGAUUUAAUUUGCUGCUAAAACUUACUUUUGUGCAUCUCUUUGUUUUUGUA